AAAAGUUAAAACACAUAAUAAUAAAUGAUACUCUAAUUUAAUUAAUUAUAUAAAACGUUUAUUCGACCUUCUCGAUAGGAGUAUACAAUAUUCGACCUCGGUCCUGACUAAUAAAUAUUUGGCAAUUAAAAAACUAAAAGAACCGAUAUAUAAAUAAUAAACAUGAAAAAUCAAUAACUUCAAUGUUCGCUCUUCUAACCUUUUCAAAAGCAAAACCCUGAAGAAUUACUCGAACUUUACGAUUGUGUAAUUUACUGUCAUUGUAACUCCGGUUCAAGACUGGAAGCCUUACCUAUUUUACCCUAUUUAAUAUAAAAAGGCUUGGGUUUGUUUUGCUUUGAUUUUUCCGGAAGUGGCAUUUCAGAGGGAGAUUAUGUUACAUUAGGAGUAUACUUAUGGGGUAGAAGUAUGGGAGCCGCAACUAUAAUUUUAUAUUCAAGAGAUAGUCAAUCUAGACAUUGA